AUGUUUGUCUCUCUCUCAAAAAAUAUUGUGCGCUGCAGACCGCUGGUACGAGCCUUUGCUCGAAAACCCGAUAUUCCUACCAAAUACAAUGUACUUACCAUUCCGUGUCUAAAGGACAAUUUUUGCUAUGUUUUGUCGACAAUGGACACAAAGAAGUGUGUGGUGAUCGACCCCACUGUUCCCACAUUUAUCGAAGAUGCUAUCUCUAUGGGUGGCUUUGAACUGAAAGCUCUAUUUUCUACACAUCAUCACAUGUUAGAAAUUGUUUUUUCCCUAAUUUGUAGAAAGCAUGUUUUAGGAAUGGGUGAAGUGCUUUCCAAGCACCCUUCGAUCCCAAUUUACGGUGGUUACCACCCCGAUGUGGCUUUCGUUUUUCUGUUUUUUAUGUAGACGAACCCAGCAGUCGAGCGAAUUCUCAAAGACGGGGAUGAAGUCCAAUGCGACGAAUUUUCUUUUAAAGUCAUCGGAGCUCCGUCCCACUCUCCCGACAGCCUCAUCUACGAAUUCACCGAAGAAAACGGCUAUCCAUUCCUCUUCACAGGCGACUCUGUGAAUAUGGGAGGCGUUGGCUAUGUCCUGGAGGACCAGAUCGAUAGUCUCUACCAUCUGAUCUACGAUGUGCUAAUGAACUAUCCAGACGAGACGUGUCUCUUCCACGGCCAUGAGAACGCGGAGCAGAUGCUGAAAUUCGGCAGAACGAUCGAGCCAUCGAAUCGUGAUAUCAAGAAUCUGCA